CAGUGGAAGGUGACACUGCAGGCUGUCUCUGAAGGGAGCCCGCUGUCCACGGACCUCAGCCGGCGUCUGCUUUUUGUUGUGACGCUUUGGAGCCUCUGGGGCUUUGAGUCCUCUAAUAAAACUACAAGUAGUGCUGGUGCUGUUUAAAAGUGAACUGCUGUUCGUUCACACACACACGCGAUGCUUCAUGUCAGUGUGUGUGUGUUGGCAGCAGACUAAUCACUUGAGACUGACUCGGAGAGGUUGUGAUUUUAACAAGCAGCUGAGGGACUCUCCUCCAAGCAGCCAUGGUGCGAUGACCUCCUCCGCCUUCGGCCAGUCGGCCCCUCUCGUCCCGAACCUGGAGCCCGGCAUGGGGAAGUCUGCAGCCAUGCUGGGGUUGUCUGCUGGUUUGGGUGGAGCAGAGAUGGAGCUCCAGAAGAUGUUAAUCGACGAGAGGAUGAAGUGCGAAAACCACAGGACCAACUAUCAGACACUGAAGGCUGAACACGCCAGCUUGCAGGAUGAGUUCACCCGGGCUCAGGGCGAGCUGAAGCGCCUGCUGAGUGACAGACAGGCUCAGCAGGAGAAACUGCAGCUGCUGCUGGCUGAGCUCAGAGGAGAGCUGCUGGACAAGACCAGGGAGGUGGAGGAGCUCCGGCUGCAGGUGAUGACCCCUCAGCGACUGGAGUUGCUCAGAGCUCAGGUGCAGCAGGAGAUGGAGGCUCCAGUCAGAGAGAGGUUCAAUAAACUGGAGGAGGAGACAGAGAAGUACAGGUCUGAGUACAACAAGCUGCGCUACGACUGCACCUUUCUCAAGUCCCAGUUUGACCACCAGAGAGAGGAACACGCUCGCAUGCUGGAGGAGAAGACCAUCCGCUAUGAGGCGGAGAUCUCUCGUCUGGAGAAGGAUAAGGAGGACCUGGUGGCUCAGUACCAGGGUUCUGACCCACUGCGCGAUGGGAAACGAGUGGAGGCUCUGCUGAGGGAGAAGGCUCAGCUCCACCUGCGACUGAAGGGCCUGGAGGCGGAGGUGGCUGAGCUCCGUGCCCAGAAGGAGAACUCUGGCCAGCAGGCGGAGAAUGUCCAACGCAUCCAGAUCAGACAGCUAACAGAGUCUCAGGCUGCGGUGAAGUCCCUGGAGGCGGAGCGUCAGUCGUUGCGUCUGCAGCUGGAGCGGAUGGAGAGCGAGCUUCAUCAGAGCCACGAGCAGAACAGCCAGCUGACCGGACGCCUGCACAAAGCUGAGAGAGAGGUCAACUCCCUCACCUGUCAGAUUGAAAGCCUGAAGCAUUCACACAAACUGGAGGUGGCCAGCAUCAAACUGGAGUGUACCCGCUCUAAAGGCGAGUUGGAGAGGGAGAGAGACACACUGCAGGGACAGACUGACGGUCUGCAGGCGGACGUGGAGGUGUUGAAGGCUGCGGUGGAGCGACACAAGGAAGUCCUGGUGGAGAAAGAGCGGGAGAUUGUCAGGAAGGUGCAGUCUGCCCGCGAGGAGGAGUUCCGCAAAACUGCGACCUUGCACGAGGAAAAGUUGGAGUUGGAGAACCAUCUCGCUGCGCUGGAACAGCAGAGGGCGCUGCAGGACUCUGCAAACCACUCUCAGAAAGAGGAAUGGGAGGAGCGCCUCCGCAGCGCCCAGCAUGGAGAGGAGUCAGCCCGCAGGGAGCUGCAGAACCUGAGAACUAAACUCCAGCAGCAAAGCUCCCAGCUGGAGGAGCUUGAGAGACAGAAGGCAGAGAUCGCUGACCUACAGCAGCAGAACCAGGAACUGGGUGUCCAGCUGGGGACAAUGUCUCACUCUGAAAGUGAUCUGAUGGAGACAAACCAGCGGCUGAGAGAAACGCUGGACAGAGUCCGGGAGGAGCUGAGGACAGCCCGAGCCCAGGCUGAGAGGAGCCAGCACGAGUCCGAGAGGCUUGUGGAGGACCGUCGGGUGGAGUGGUUGGAGGAGAAACACAAGCUGCAGGAGCGAGGCGCUGAGCUACAGCAGAAAUACGCCCAGGUCAAGGAGAAACUGCAGAGGGCAGCAGUGGCCCAGAAGAAGAGGAAAACUCUGACAGAGAACAAAGAGAAGAAACUGCAGGAUAAGAUCCAGCUGCUGGAGGCCAAGAUAGAAGAGCUGGAGCUGGAAGCAGCUGCAGCUAAGAAGCGUUCAUCUUUCUCAGAGGAGCAAGCUCAGCUCAGCAGACGGUUGAAGGAGCUUCAGCGGAGACACAACGAGUUUCGACGCCUACUACUGGGUGGCCAGGGUCCCUACAGCGCCGGCCCCGCCUUCCUGACCACCUCACCUACGCCCUUCCUCCUCCUCGGGUCUGAGGGACCACUAUCCAACAUACCAGAGGAGCAGCAUCAGAGGGAGCUGUCUCUGCUCCGUCGCAGACUGGAAGACCUGGAAAGUGCCCAGCAGCAGCAGCUGGAGGAACUGGGAUCUCUGGUGCAGAGGGACCGUGAGACAACACCCCAGCCUGACCUUUGACCUCUGUCUCCACGCCCCCUCCUCCUCCCACACAAUUUCCCAUUGGACUUGCAUUUUGAAUACAGAGUCAGAUGGUGUCUUUUAUCACCUGUGUUAUUUAUCGGUGUACUUCCAUGAAAAUGAAUUUUUGUCUUUCUAAUGUGACAUUUGAAAUGCUGCAGCACCUUCUUUUGUAAAGAUGACCAUGACAUCCUCAGGGGUUGAUUUUGUAUUGAGAUGUUUGCUUUUUUUUAAUGAAUGACUUGAUACAAAGGUUUAACACACUGCAGGCUGUGAAUUGCACAAUGUUUGUACAGACUGUUGUACUUGAGUUGAGUAUUGAAACAACGAUUGAAUGAUGAACUUUUCUCUGGUAUCUGUGGUUCUGGUUUGUGUCAGUGUAUUUUGGGCCUCUGGAGUUUCACUGUGAAACUGCAGCAGAGAACUGAAAGUCCAUGAGACACAAGAGCCAAACUGCAUUCAUUAAAAGUGUCCAGCUA